AUGACUUGGACAAACUUCCACAUGUUUGUCUGGGAAAUUGAUUAAGAGGUCAGUUGGCCAAAGAUCAUGAAUGUUCAAAUUUACACAAAGACAGUGCAAUAACCUGAACAAAACUCUUAGCAUCCUGUUGUUUACUUUAGGUGUGUCAAGUCAAAACAACUGAUCCAGGCUGGAGGUUCCACAGCCAUAAACAUUCAGAAAAAUAUUGACCAUUAUUAGUUUGUGUCAGUUUAAUAUUGCCUUCUUUUUGGAUUAAAGAAUAUCUGAGCUGGUAACUUUUGCUACCAAACCAGGUGGUGUACAAAAGCAUAGUGUAUUUUUUUGCCUCCAGUGGUACAAAAAAAUUACUGUGUAUUUCAUGACUCAAGUGGUAUAGAAAUCGCUAGGUAGUUUGUGCUUUAAAUUAUUUAGCCUAUCAGUGUAUUUUAUGCUUCAAGUAGUAUAACAAAUUGGUGUAUUUUCUAGCUCAGGUGGUACGGGAAAUAGCAGUGUUAAUUUGUGCUGGAAUUAUUCUAGCGUAGGAAGAAAUGCAGAUGGAAAAUACAUUGGCCAGUGUAGGUUUGUUCUGUGUACUUCUUGUUGGAGGAUUUGGUUCCCACUGUCCCUGUGAAAAUAAAGAGCUCUGUCAUCCUAUCAAUGACACAGCCAUAAAAGAGGUGUUUGUGUUUUCGAAAAACCCUGGUGAGCGAAUCUGGCGGCAAUAUGAUUGGGACAAGAUGACAACCAUCGUGGUGGUGGGCUUUGUCAGCUCCUCACUCAUGUGCUUCGCUCAUGAACACAACGUCCGAAUUGUUAGUGUCGCAACUUUCCAAAAGUCAGACCUGGCCAACUCUACUUUAAUAGAAGAGUGGAUCGAGAAACAGAUAAGUCAUGUGAAACGCAAGCAUCUGGAUGGCAUCAACAUUGACUUUGAACAACCAAUUCCAAAAAACCAGCCACUCUUGAAUCGAGCCUUCACGGACAUGGUGAGACUGACUAAUGAGAAGUUUAAAGAGGAGAUGCCAUCCUCACAGGUGACCGUUGAUGUAGCUUGGAGUCCGAACUGUAUAGACAGGCGUUGCUAUGACUAUGCUGCACUGGCUGAAGCCAGUGACUUCCUGUUUGUGAUGUCAUAUGACCAUCGCAGUCAGAUAUUUGAGCGCUGUGUCGCUGGUGCCAACUCGGGGUAUUACAAAGCACAGAAAGGACUUGAGGAUUAUCUUGCACUUGGCAUUCCUGCUGAGAAGUUGGUGCUAGGUUUGCCGUGGUAUGGAAUGAAAUAUCCAUGUUUGGAAAUAGAUGAUAGUGAUGUUUGCUCCAUCCGCUAUGUAUCGUUUCUUGGUGCAUUCUGCAGUCAAAAGGCAGGAACACAGAAGUGUUUCAGUGACAUCUACCCACUGGCUGAUGAGUCUGCAUCCGGCCGAAUGUGGGACAACAGGUCACUGUCACCGUAUUUCAUACACACUGAUCCAUAUGCUGGACAGACAUUCCAGUUCUGGUAUGAUGACCCCGAGAGUCUGUCAAGUAAGUUUGGUUUGGCGUCUCGUCUCGGACUGCGGGGGGUCGGAGUGUGGAGGGCCGACUGUCUCGACUACAGUGACAAGGAAGAGGCGCUGGCCAUUACAGACAAGAUGUGGGACGCCAUCCCCACCUUCCACAUACACGACCACGAGUCGUCAUCACCCAUUAGUUUUGUUUUCAACUAAAACAUUCUGUUCAGAUUUAAAAAAAAUUGUUUGUUAAUAUGAAUGCAGACAAAAAAUAAAUUUAUGCUAGGUUGAGACUACCAACUAUCACAACAGAAUUGGCCAACUUGCCUAUCUCUCGACUUCUAUGACUGUCCAGUUGUUAGUCUGAGCACCUUUACAACUCGAUUCUCGUUGUACACAACUCCUAUGACUGUCCAGUUGUUAGUCUGAGCACCUUUACAACUCGAUUCUCGUUGUACACAACUCCUACGACUGAUUAGUUGUUAAUCUGAGUGCACCCAUCGCAAGUUGGGAGUGGGAAAAUUACGAAACAACCAUCAAGUUAGCCAACUUUGUCGUGAAAGUUGAUAGUCUCAACCUAGCAUUACAUUCAUUUCUUUUGGUUUACAACAGUAACUAUAUUGUAUUCAGUAAUCUUCUCAGUUACUGGUCAAAAUAAAAACUUGAAUUUU